AUGAUCCGUGGAUCCGACGCGGCAAGCAUCCAACGGUGAUGUGGUUGCUCGUUAUUUUUCUCUCUUUUCCGUGGCUUUCUCUCUCACAGAUCGCCAUCACGGGGCUUUCUUCCUAGGGUUCGUGGCGAGAGAGCGCGGAAGUGGAUGAUCACAACGACGCUGAUCCUCCAAAAUGACCAGCGAGUCGAAAAAGGAGGCUUUCAGGAAAUAUUUGGAGGCGAGUGGAGUGCUCGAUUCGCUAACAAAAGUUCUUGUCGCUCUGUAUGAAGAGAAUGAUAAGCCUCCUCUAGCGAUAGAUUUCAUUCAGCAUAACUUAGGCGGUUACACGAAUGAGGAAUACACCAAGCUGAAGGGUGAGAGGGACGAGCUCCAGCUUAAAUACAAUGAGCUAGUCGCGGCGCACGAAGAGCUUGGUAGAAAGUUUGAGGAGCUCCAAUUGCAGCUUCCUCCUCCCGAGGAAGCACCCCCAGUUGGAGAAGCUCCACCAGCAUAGGAGAUCAAAAUCACAGGGUCACUAGUUCUUUUGAAUCAUAACACGCUCUAAUACAUUUGGAUGGAGAAGCUUAAAACCUUUUGUGUAUAUCAUCUUGGAAAGAAUCUAACUUGAAAAUCUAAGCUCGCAA